AAGUCAAUGAAGAGAUGAAAUAUGCCGUAAGGUUAGUACAAUAGGAUUCGCUGGAGAACAAUGAGACUACUAAUACUAUUACUAUUUUUUGUGAUCACUGCUUCUACACCGUUAUUCACGGCGGCGGCAUGUCCGUCUUACUCCUCCAUCUUCAGCUUCGGCGAUUCCUUAACUGACACCGGUAACCUGUUUUACAGCUCCUCCGAUCCCUCCAAUCACUGCUUCUCUCCUCCCUACGGUCAAACCUACUUUCAUCAUCCGUCUGGUCGUUGCUCCGAUGGACGCCUCAUCAUCGAUUUCAUAGCGGAAUUGUUAGGAAUUCCAAUGGUGAAACCGUAUUUAGGAAUAAAGAAUGGUGUAUUGGAAGAUACUGCAGCAAAGGUUGGAGUGAAUUUUGCGGUUAUAGGAGCAACGGCGUUGGAUGUUAGUUACUUUGAAGAGAGGGAUGUUCAUAACGUUGCUACCAAUUAUUCAUUAACAGUUCAGUUGAAUUGGUUCAAGGAGCUUCUUCCUACACUUUGCAAAUCUUCUGAAAGAUGUCAUGAUAUUCUUACAAACUCAUUAUUUCUUGUGGGAGAGAUUGGAGGCAACGACUUAAACUUUCCCUUAUUUGUACGCAAGAGCAUAGAAGAGGUUAAAACAUAUGUUCCGGAUGUAAUCAAUGUAAUAGCUUCAUCAAUUAAUGAGUUGAUUAGUCUUGGGGCUCGCACACUGUUGAUCCCUGGGAAUUUCCCAUUGGGAUGCAACACAAUCUAUUUAACAAAGUAUGAGACCAAAGAUAGUAAUCAAUAUGACUCAUUCGGUUGUUUGAAGUGGUUAAAUGAAUUGGCUAAAUUUUAUAACCAAAAGCUCCAAUAUGAGAUACAUAGACUUCGGAAAAUUCAUCCUCAUGCUAAUAUCAUAUAUGGUGAUUAUUACAAUGCUGCAUUGCCAUUAUACCGGUAUCCAUCAAAAUUUGGUUUUCUAGGUCUUAAAGCUUGUUGUGGAAUGGGAGGUUCUUAUAAUUUCAAUGGAUUAAAACCUUGUGGAAAACCAGGCGUGGUUGCAUGUGAUGAUCCUUCUCAGUAUAUUGGGUGGGAUGGUAUUCAUUUGACUGAGGCUGCAUAUAAACUGAUUGCCGAUGGUAUCAUUAAUGGACCAUAUUCUUUCCCUCAAUUUAGUAAUUUGUGCUUCAUGAAUGUUAGCUAUGGAUAUUUAAAUAGCUAGGGUGUUUUUACAUGUUACUCUACCAGGAUGCCACCAUAAAAACACCUUUAUUUAUCGGGCCACAUUACUUUUCUUUCU